AUGGAGACUAGGGGAAAAACCUCAAAGGCAAGUUCCAUGGAGGAAAUCGUGAUGAAUGAGAGGAGAGGUCAAAUGGUGGGCAUGGAUAACGACGUCUAUGGAGGGAGCAAGGCGAUGCUAGUCACAGCACUAGGUUCAGGCGGCGCACUGGGUAGGGCAGCGCCAGGCACAGGCAACACCGGAAUGGCGAGGGCAGGCGAGUGUGGCCGCGAUGGUGAAGGCUCAGAUGGUAUCGGCGAGCCAAGCAGCUGGAUGCAGAAUAGUGGCGCCCUAGGCACAGAUAAGUCCGACGAUGAUGCUUCAGGCAGCGCCCUAGGCGCAAUUAGAGCCUCCCUUUGCGAGACCUAUUAUGAGGGCGAUGACAAUGGUGGAAAGGGAGAUGCCACUUCUAGAGGCGACGCGGAACUAGCUGCUAUAGGAGACGCUUAG